ACAACAGUCACUUCUCAACCCUGAAAGGCUCUAUUAAUAGAGGCGCUCUCCUUGUGUUGCCCGUGCCCGCUAAGUCCUUUUUGUCCCCCCCGUUUCCUCCCACACUACCUCCAGCCUUUUACUCCAUCUCCUUGUUACCUUGCUACACACCUCCUAUAUGUGCACGGGAGCUGUCAUUCGCCACGCCGCGCGCCUUCAGUGCCUCGACCCGCGCCGUCUGGAGCUCGCUCUCUCUCUCUCACUCUCUCUCUCUCUCUCACUCUUUUUCCGAUGUUUUCACAUUCCCUGAUAACACGCUCUGAGAAGCGUGGACUUUCUGCUCCACGGUCAUCUGUGUGUCCCUUCCUUUGCACGACUGGUGUUGUGCAGGAGGUAUCUCAUCAGCCUUCACCCCUCUUUCUAUAGGUACAGAGCCUCCAUGCUCUCACACACACACACACACACACACACACACACACACUUCCCUGCACCCCGCCCCCUAACAUACUGCUCAGGGCCUGGCAAAAAAAAACAAAAAAACACACACACUCUCCCAGCCUCCGCCCCCCUUUACACUCCUACCAGCCCGGCACACGGAGGACACAGGGGAAGAAAGAAGAAAAAGAAAGAGCUCCAAUUUUUCUGUCACAGAUUACAGACGGCCACUUAGCGCCGACCAUCCGUAGAGCGCCGCUUGCUCAAGAGACAUGGGAACGUCUGCAAGAAGUAGGCAGCUCCGAGCUCGACCAGAUGGCAGUCCUGAGAUGAGAGGAACCUUAAAGGCAGGAACGGGGGACCGUUAAUGUUUGGAUUACAUCGGGGAGGGGGGUUUUCUUUUUUCUCUCGCGAGUACCCGGUCCAGCAUGUGGUGUUUGCAGUGUAACUCCGAGAAGACCCAGUCGCUGCUGGAGCUGGAGCCGAACGGCUGUGUGGAAGGGGAUGGUCGGCCCACUGAGAGCGGCCCUUCCCUGGACGGUGGAGCCAGCUUCGGCCAGGGCCCCGUGACUCACGGCUCGGCCAUCAGUCCGGACCGCUUCGACGGCCCGCUCUACAGCCACGGGGUCCAGCCGGGGCCCCAGAGACCCCGUCGGCCUAAGCUCCAGCACUCGCAGUCCAUCCUCCGUAAGCAGGCCGAGGAGGAGGCCAUCAAGCGGUCGCGCUCGCUCUCCGAGAGCUAUGAGCUCUCCGCUGACCUGCAGGACAAACAGGUGGAGAUGCUGGAGCGUAAAUAUGGUGGACGAUUCAUAACCCGGCAUGCGGCCCGCACCAUCCAGACGGCUUUCCGGCAGUAUCAGAUGAACAAGAACUUUGAACGUCUCAGGAGCUCCAUGUCUGAGAACCGCAUGUCCAGACGCAUCGUCCUCUCCAACAUGAGGAUGCAGCUCUCGUUUGAGGGCCCCGAGAAAGUGCACAGCUCCUACUUCGAAGGGAGGCAGGUGUCGAUGACGGAGGACGGCUCCCCGCUGUCCAUGGUGCAGUCCGAGUGCGGAGAUAUCGAGGUGCGCCAACAGGCCAACAUGGCGUCUCACCCGGCCCCUCAGGGUGACCUGACCGACGCCAUCACGGAGCUGGAGGACGCCUUUUCCAGGCAGGUGAAAUCGCUGGCGGAGUCGAUAGACGACGCGCUGAACUGUCGCAGCCUUCAAGGGGACGAGGGUCCGGACCCAGAGGCCACGGGCUGCUCCAAGGCGGAGAGGAAAGUGCCCUAUCAGGUGAAGUCCCACCGCCGGGCAGCUGGACGGAUGCACGACGAAACGCUGGCGUCCUACAGCGACGUCACUCUGUUCAUCGACGAGGAGGACAUGUCGCCCUCCAUCGCUCUGUCCAGGUCAGGGGACCAGCCCUCCAGCACGGAAUCGGACGUGCGGUUGCGGUCGGCCAACUCCUCCCAGGACUACUGGCCUAUUGACCCCAAAGACGAGGGUCGCGACACGGACACGAGCUGCCGCAGCACUCCGUCCCUCGAGUGCCAAGAGCAGCGCCUCCGAAUGGACCACCUUCCCCUGUUGACCAUAGAACCUCCGAGCGACAGCUCCGCGGAGCUCAGCGACCGGUCCGACCGCGGCUCCGUCAAGCGGCCGCCCGCCUACGAACCGCACGGCCACAUCGUGACGUCGUCCCAGGCGAGCCCGAAACACAUUUCCCACGGACCGCCGGCGCGAACGUCCUCCCGCGACAACGACGACGCGCCGCUGCGCCACCGCCACCGACAGCUGGAAGGCCACCUGGCCAUCAACGGCUCGACCAACCGGCAGAGCAAGUCCGAAUCGGACUUCUCGGACGGGGACAACGACAGCAUCAACAGCACGUCCAACUCCAACGACACCAUCAACUGCAGCUCCGAGUCCUCGUCGCGUGACAGCCUGCGAGAGCAGACGCUCAGCAAGCAGACGUACCACAAGGAGACUCGCAACAGCUGGGACUCGCCCAUCUUCAGUAACGACGUUAUACGCAAGAGACACUACCGCAUCGGCCUCAACCUCUUCAACAAGAAGCCAGAAAAGGGCAUCCAGUACCUGACGGAGAGGGGGUUCAUCCCCGACACGCCGGUCGGGGUGGCUCACUUCCUGCUGCAGAGGAAGGGGCUGAGCAGGCAGAUGAUCGGAGAGUUCCUCGGCAAUCGGCAGAAGCAGUUCAACAGAGACGUCUUGGACUGUGUGGUGGAUGAGAUGGACUUCCAGAGCAUGGAGCUGGACGAGGCUCUCAGGAAGUUUCAGAACCACAUCCGCGUUCAGGGUGAAGCCCAGAAGGUGGAGCGGCUCAUCGAAGCCUUCAGCCAGCGCUACUGCAUCUGCAACCCCACGGUGGUGCGUCAGUUCAGGAACCCCGACACCAUCUUCAUCCUGGCGUUCGCCAUCAUCCUCCUCAACACCGACAUGUACAGCCCCAACGUCAAGCCCGAGAGGAAGAUGAAGAUGGAGGACUUCAUCAAGAAUUUGAGAGGUGUGGACGACGGGGAGGACAUCCCUCGGGAGACUCUGGUCGGCAUCUACGAGAGGAUCCGUAAGCGAGAGCUCAAGACCAAUGAAGACCACGUCUCGCAGGUGCAGAAGGUCGAGAAGCUCAUUGUGGGAAAGAAACCAAUCGGAUCACUCCACCACGGCCUGGGAUGUGUGCUGUCGCUGCCCCACCGCCGGCUGGUGUGUUACUGCCGUCUGUUUGAAGUGCCGGAUCCCAACAAGCUCCAGAAGCUGGGCCUGCACCAGCGGGAGAUCUUCCUGUUCAACGACCUCCUCGUGGUCACCAAGAUCUUCCAGAAGAAGAAGAACUCGGUGACGUACAGCUUCAGACAGUCCUUCUCUCUGUACGGGAUGCAAGUCAUGCUGUUUGAUAAUCAAUAUUACCCAAAUGGAAUCAGACUUACAUCAGCCCUGCCAGGUGCGGACAUCAAAGUCCUCAUCAACUUUAACGCGCCCAACCCCCAGGACCGCAAGAAGUUCACAGACGACCUGCGAGAGUCCAUCGCCGAGGUCCAGGAAAUGGAGAAGUACAGAAUAGAGUCCGAGCUGGAGAAGCAGAAGGGCGUGGUGAGGCCCAGCAUGUCGCAGAGCUCCGGGCUGAAGAAGGAAGGAGGCAACGGCAACAUGAACCGCGCCAGCCUGGACGACACCUACGCCAUGGGAGAGGGCCUCAAGCGGAGCGCCCUCAGCAGCUCGCUGCGAGACCUCUCCGACGCAGGCAAGCGGGGGCGUCGCAGCAGUGCAGGAUCACUAGACAGCAAUAUGGAAGGGUCCAUCAUUAGCAGUCCGCACGCGCGCCGGAGAGCCGCCGCGCCCCGUGAAGGCGCGCCCCCCCAGCGCGGCCAUCCCUCCUCCUCCACGAACGCGGCGCCGACCUCCAUCCUCGGGUCGCUCUUCGGCAGCAAGCGAAGCAAACCGCCGUCUCUGAGCCACGCCCCUUUCCCCCCCCCCGCCGCCGCCGUCGCCCAACCCACUCUCAUAUCCCACAAGCCCCACCCGACCAACCUGCACCACACGGCGCAGGUGGCGCACACGGUGCAGCUCCACGGCCACCAUUCCCAGUACUGUCCGCAAGUCCCGCAGAACCCGCCGCCGUACAACCACCACCACCACUACCAACCGCCCCCCCACACGCAGCACCACCAGCACCCGGGCUACGCCUCCCAGGCCUCCCAACAACCCCAUUCGCAGCACAGCCAUUACGGACAGCAUUCCCACCACGCCUCGCACUCCCAGCACGCGCCGCACCACCACAGUCAGCAAGCGGGUUCGGCGCCGGGCGGACCCAAACCCAAACACAGUGGCAUCAGCACCGUAGUGUGAUGCUCCGAAGGGGACUUAAAAGACGGGAGGGGACAAUUUGCUUACACCAAAGGGAACUGAGGGCGUAACUCUAUGGCCUGUCCACUGUGUUUUUACUGCGGCUGUGAUGGGAAUCAGUCACACGGCAGUCAUCUUUUUUCCACCUCCAGGUCCAACCAAUAUGCAGGAUGGGAAAUCGGACUCGGUAGUUCCACCAGGGGCCUUUUAACUAGUUUGCCUCAUCGUGGGCCCCAUCAGGGUUUUUUUGUGAGGGGGGGGGGAGAGGGUGCGGGUUCUGUACAGGAAGACGCUCUCUUAUGUUUUCCACACACACGCACACACACACACACACACAUCGCCCCGGGCCGCGACGGCGUCUAGGGAGAACCGGGUUCUCUCACCGAGCCGCUCCCACCCGCUUCAUUCCCGUCCCACCUUUUCGCAUAAUCGGGAGGAGAGGCGAGAACGCGGCGUCAUUCCUCGUGCACAGCCUUUUUUUUUCUUUUCUCGGAAGUUCAACUCUUCGGUUUUUGCAGAUCCUUCCAUCAUACGAAUGCAAUUUCUUGUCGUCGCCUCCCCCCCCCCACCCCCCCAUAUGUAGUGAAGAACCUAGACGUGAUCAUUUAAAAAUCAUAAGGACAGUCGAAACCCCGCCGAGUCGACCCGCCUCUGUCAUCGUAGUUCUAGUGCUGUAUUUACCGUAGACGACAGCUAUACGUGUUGUCUCCUAGCUCUCAUAAAUAAAUGUGCCAAUUAUUAACGCAUAAUCUAUUUAGUCAAGACUUCAUGUACAGUAUAUUGUGCGUAAAAGUAAUUUUGUAAGAUUAUACUUACAAUUAUUAUUAUUAUCAGCAAAAAGGAAUUUUUAUCAGUAUUAUACUGACUCUUGUGGUAACAGGAUGUAGAUCUGAAAGGAGUGAACUCCCCAUUCAGUAACGGCCUAUAAUCUAUUCUGGAAUAAUCAUUUUUUUUAUUUUUUUGCCUUUUUUUUUUUCUUCAAAUGGAUCAGAAGGAGCCUCCGGAUGGCAGCUGUCGCAUAUCGGCCUCAAAAAGGCUGCAGCCGAAAGCCUCGAAGCAGAUGAUGAUAAACCGGGCCGGGUCGGUGGUUUUUAAAUCACGGUUUACUUCUCAUAUUGUGGCUGCUUUGAAUAAUAAAAAAUAAAAUGAAUAGUAAUGAAGAUUUAGAGUGAAAAGACACUUUGAAAUACACUUUGGAGGCUCGGCUCAAAUGUUACAAACGGACCCGCAGAAGUCGCCUUUUACUUUAAAUGAUGCGGCAGCUGCUCUCUUGACUCUUUAAAUCCCCCCCCAACAAAAAAAUAACCCCGAUAUCUUCUUUUGCCUUCUUUAGUAUAUAUAUUAUUUUGUGUUAUUCGCCAACAAGGUGAGUGAAUGAAAUCAGAUCUUACAUAGUGAAGAAUUUUUUUUUCUCUCUUAUCAUAUGUGCAAUAUCUUUGUACUGAUGUUGUACAUUAACAACAAAGCAAAGUGUCCCUCCAAUUCAUUUACUUUUCAUGUUGCGUCAUUAUUUAUUUAUUUUGUUUUUGUUUUUGACCCCCCCUCUGUCGAUGUCUUUCUUAGUAAAUUAAUGUGUGGCUGUCCUCGCGGUCUUAUGAGAGGCACAGGCUUGGAGUUCAGUGGAAUGUCUAGUGAGUGAUUUUUUGCAUGUAAUGUUAUUAUUAAUGUGAGGCUAUCGUCUGCACAUUGUAUAACAAAUCAGUGUUACCAUAGCAAGUUUAAGUGCAAUCAUGUUCAGAAAAAUGCAGACUUGUACUAUGAGUGGAAGUCUGUUAUCUUGUUGUCCGGGACGAGAUUCAGGUGAAAAAAAAAAAUAUAUAUAUAUCCUUUUUUCAUUUAAGAAUACAUAUAAAUAUUUACUUACACAGUUCACGGUGGAAAGAGGAAUGUGUGUAUAUAUUUUAAUAAAAGGAAAAAAAAAUGCUUCUCUUUUGGGCUGAACACAACUAUUUUGCUGGAUAAGCACACGUGAAAGAACACUUUCAUUUCUUUUCAGGAAAUGCGGUUAUAAUAUACAACAAAAUGCAAACUGAACAAAGGAACCGGGGUAUAUAUGUAAAGAAUAACUUUCUACAUUCUACAAAAUAAAGAGUCUAUUCUAGUGUGUAUAUUAGUGACAGUGAACUGUUUGUCCCCAAUAUUCAGGUUGUAAAUGUAUUUUAACAUUCACAAAGAAAAACCAUUGCCAUAAAUCAGGCUUAUUCUCACACAUUGGGAUUAUUAACAAGGAACGAGCAGACGACAGACAUAUCACAUAUGGGAUUAUUAACGAUCAGUUGAAUGUGUCUUUGUAUUGAAUUUUUUUUUCUUUUUCUUUUUUAUAUCUAUAUAAUUCUGAAAUCUUGGGGUGAUGUAAAACCCAUAAAUCUGUUUUUGUUUUGGUGUGUGUGUGUGUUGUAGUGCUUCAAAACGUCUCCAGUCACUCUUCUGUGAGGAAGUAACCCAACGAUGCACUGCAUGGAUCAUCAUGUGUCCUAUUCACUGUGAGCU